AUGGAAACCGUAACUGAGCCGCGUGAUAUUCCUUUCGUGAAAGAGACAAAACCAGCGGAUUCCAUAAAUCCGGUUGCGUCGAAACUUGUUAAUAAACCAUCAAAAAUUCAUAUCAACCUUCCCAAGGUCUCGCCUAAUGAAAAACGGUCUGUUGGUUUCAAUAUCCCUGAAGGACUUGAUAAUUCUCAAAAUGGUUCGCCUUUAGCGCUUUUAAUAGGAGCUGACGAUGAUUCUACCAUCGUUUCCACUCCCAUUGAUGAAUUUUUCUUGGAUUCACCGACUGCAUCCUCAAUUGACAUCUCUGUUCGAGAUUUAAAUUCUGAUAUUUUGGUUGCUCUCGUGGACCGUAAAGUAGAAAUUAAAGAUCUUUUCGUUCGUAAUCAAGAUUAUUUUGAUUUUGUCAAACAAACCGCCUUCUCCUCCAAUGAUCGUUGGCAAGAAUUUCUCGACGUUCUAUUUUCACCACGUGGACAAAUUCCAGAUUUUGAUUGGAUGAACACAAUCUCUGAAUUAUUAAUUUACACUUGUGGAACUGAUAAUCCGAUUGGUGAUAUGGAUAUCGCUUCUAUACGUGACUAUCCAAAGUCCUUGGAAUAUCUUGAAAAAUCUUAUCCUCAAUUUUUUGAAAAUGCCCAUCAAAUUUUGAGUCGUGAAAGACACCGUAAAGGUAGCUUUUUAGGUGGAAAUCAUUUGACUGAUGAUAUACCUCUUCAGUCUGAAAAUGAUAUGAUAGUUAAUAGCAAUAAUUCUGUGUCGAAACCAACAACACUUUACGAUGAAUUCAAAAGAAUUUUACUUUGUCCAAGAUCCGAAAUGGACGAUGUUGAAUGGGACAUUUCUAUUUAUGAACUUUUGGACCCUUGGCCACAACUUGUUGCUCAAUUUGAAGAAAUUAUUGCUCAUGAAAUUAAUGAGUGA